AGCGCGCAACGGCAGCGCAAGCAGUUACAUUGAAGACGUCGCAGCAGACGGAUGCGCAACCCGCAACUUGGUGUUAAUGUAAUUUUAGAAUUUUCAAUCUGUUUCGCAUAGUGACUUGUGAACAAUGAGUAGAGGAGAACACUGAUAAACGAUGAUGAAAAAAGCGGCAAAAGCAAAGAGUGUAGUGCAAAAGUUGAACGGAAGUUGAUGAUGAACAAAGAACGGAUAAUUGCAAUAGCUAAACAACAUAAAAAGAGAGAAAAACCAAACGAAAUAACUGUUUACCAUUCGUGGAGUGUUAACUGUGAAAGCUGCAACAAAUGAGCAGACAUACGGCGAAUACGGCUAAGGGCUUGGAAGAAAAAUGAGAAAAGUGAGAUAGCAGCAAUGCAUUGCAUGCCCCCAAUAUAUACCACCAGCAUGCCAUUAUAAAAUCCAAGCAAUAUCAGAGCAACGCAGCAACACCAACAUCAACAUUAUUACCAGACAUAAAUCAUUCGGAUAAAGGCUCAAAUUAACGUUUUACUUUGGACAUACACAAUGGCACACUACAGCGGACAUCAGGCCCCAAGUGAGGUGCCCGCUCACUUCAAGAAUCUAUUCACCAAUGGCCAAUUGGGCGACGAGGAUGACAACAAUGGCAAUGGCAAUGGCAACAACGACAACAACAAUAACAACAACAACAACAAUAAUAAUAAUGAUCAGGAGAAUCGUGCCGUUAAUGGCAACAAUGAAUCCAACGCUGUCUGCUGGGUCUUUGGAUACGGCUCUUUGUGCUGGUAUCCGGGCUUCAACUACACCAAAUGCAUUACGGGCUAUAUACGAGGUUAUGUGCGGCGCUUCUGGCAGGGCAACGUAACGCAUCGCGGCACCGACAAAGAGCCGGGACGUGUUGCCACUUUAAUCGAGGACAGAGAGGGCAUUACAUGGGGCUGUGCGUACAGAAUAACGGGCUCAACGGCUCUGGAGUAUCUCAAGCAACGCGAGUGCACAUUGGGUGGCUAUGCAACGAUCGAAGCCAAAUUCUUUCCCCGCGUCGCAUCACAUGACACGCCCUUCAGUGGCGAGGCCGUGGAGGUAAUGAUCUAUGUGGCAACGCCGGAGAAUAGGCAUUGGCUGGGCGAUGCACCCCUGGCGCUGAUAUCGCAACAAAUCGCCAAUAGCCGUGGACCGAGCGGCCACAAUGCCGAAUAUCUGUUGCGGUUGGCGCUGUUCAUGCACGAAGAAAUACCGGGCGUGUGGGAUGAGCAUCUAUUUGAGCUGGAGCGAUUGGUGCUGGAGGAGAUUUUAAGCAAGGAAAUUCCGCUGUCGUCGGUGAUGGGUCGGAAUCCGGAUCGUAUACGUCGCGACUCCCACGAAGAUGUGCGCCGGCCUCCAACAUUUGAGUUCACCUCACGGGUGCCAGAUACAAAGCUGCGCUGUCUGAAUAUUUGAUUGUGGCCCUGGUCGGUGGGGCCAGGAGGGAAACGCAUGCAGAAUAUGCCAAAUCCAUUAUCAAAAUCCAUUAUCACAGCAUACGAGAGUGUAUGACUUAUUUUGAUGUAUUCUCUAAAUUGUAAAUAAUCAUAGCCGUAACAAUAAGCAGUAA